AUGGAAAAUAAUGCAACACGGGUCAUUGAAGAUCAACCGCGUUUUCCAUAUCGCGGAAUUUUUCUGAACACCGCUCAUAAUUUUUUGUCACCUUUACAAAUAAAAAAGCAUUUGGAUUUGAUGUCCUACAACAAAUUUAAUGUACUUCAUUGGUGCCUUGCUGAUAAAACAUAUUGGUCACUUAAGUUGAAACGAUAUCCAGCACUAACCGAACAACGUGCGAGUUCAUCGGAUCAUGUCUAUAAUUCUGAUGAAAUUGAAGACAUUAUUCAAUAUGCUCGUCUUCGUGGCAUUCUAAUCAUUCCUGAAUUUAACACUCAUUCCUAUAUGGAGAUACUAAGUCAAAUACAUGAUGAAGAUUUGAAAGUUCUCAGGGAGGAUCAGUCAAAGACAGACAUUUACCAAUUUAUGAAAGCCAUUUUUGACGAAAUCAAGCAAAUAUUCAAAAAUGAAUCCUAUAUUCAUAUCAGCACAGUUGAAAUCAACACGCCAUUCUAUUCGUCAAAUAGCCAUAUUCGAAAAUUCGCUGAAGAGAAACACCGGAACAAUACUUCAGAACUUUUAAAACAUUAUUUUACUAAAAUUUUUGAAAUCCUUCAAGAAAACGGAAUUAAUGCGAUGUUUGGGCAAGAGUACCUCGAUGCUGGUUUCGAGCUAUCACCAGAAUCAGUUAUUGAGAUUAGAAGAAACUCAUCAAUACCUACUUAUUUAUCGAAAGCAAUUAGCCAAAGUCACAGAUUCGUCAAACAAAUGAAUCAUUCAGAUCCAUGUGUGCUUGAAGCUGAUGAGAUCACUCAAAAACGACUGAUAGGAUAUGAAUGGGGUUUCGACGAAGACUGUAAUGAUCAAUCGGAUGAUUUGUUGCGUUCUUGGUCCAAAGCAUCAGUAAUAUUACGAAAACUAUGGAUCCUCCCAGAAACUGUACAUACAGAAGGUAGUCAAAUUCAAUAG